AUGGAGUGCGAUAUUUGUGCCCGCAAAGGUUCCGACUUGACACAAGUUGGGCUGCAUUGCGCCUCAUGCGCCCGAACCGCACUCUACGCCCCGCGCCUUGAACAGGGCCGGAUACUCCUCGAAAAAGCAUCUUUGAAUUCCAAGAUCGAGACUUCGACCCGUAGCGACGGUGCCCUCGAAGGUGGCAGAAGCCUCCCGCAGAUAUGGAAGACGGAAGUCUCACGAAUCAAGGCCAGUGAUGUCCGUGACAGGCUGCAGCAAGAGCAACGGUCAAUCACAUUGCUGAGAGAAGAUAUCGCCAGAAUGAAGGAUGAAGUAUCGCGGAAGAGAAUGCAGCUUGAGUCUGACUGGGCCGAGCUGAAAACGGUUCGGACCACACUUGCUGGCCAAGACAAAGGCCAUACGGAUAAGUUGAACGAGUCUACGGCCAAGGGGCUCAAGAACUUUAACAGCAUGCAUGAAGCAUCGGUCGAGACGAGAGCCUAUCUCUGUCGCGAGGCAGCCACGCUUCUACGACUCCGUCAAAGAAAGACGCGCAGAAGUGAUCAGGUUCGCGAGCAUUAUCUGAUUGCGGGCUGGCAAAUUCCAGACCUCCGGAGCAUCAGCAACUGCAAGUGUACUGAGGUGACAGCCAUGCUUGCAACAUACUCACACUUACUCUGCUUGGUAGCAUUCUACCUCGGAGUACGACUGCCAGCCGAAAUUACUCUGCCUAGGCGUGACUACCCUCUCGCCACUGUUAAUACACCAUCGACUUCUUAUACUUCGGCGAAAAUCGAGUUUCCAGGAUCGGGCUCUUUUCUUGCCAUGACAGAGCUUUCGAAAAGGAACGAGACCAAAGGAGCCUCGAGACCGAGGCCGCUGUUCACCGGAUCGGAUGACAAGGAUGAACUCAUUUCGCACGUGGCUAAACGGGAUCCAUCGGCGUUCAAAUUUUUUGUCGAGGGCAUAUCACUUCUGGCAUGGAAUGUUUCCUGGCUGUGUCAUUCUCAGGGGUUUUCCAUCGGGACCGAGUCCUGGACGGAUGCUUGCGAUAUUGGGCAUAACCUAUGGCAGCUCAUUUUCGCACCGAACAGGUCGCCGGCUCUCUUACGUGCGAUAUCAAGUCGUGACCCACGUCAGCGACAAACAUCAAGGAUCAGUACGCCACCAGCAGAUUUGGCAAGUGGGCAGCUGGGUGGCUUUUCACAUGCUUCUGCUCAUAGCUUUCUGGGAUCAUCUACAAGAUCGAGCCACAUCCGUGCGCUGCGAUUAUCGAAAUAUAACAUGAUUUCCGAUCCUCUUCGAAAGCUGCUCGAAAAUGAGAUGAAGAAUUUGGAAUGGGAAGUCCUUGGGCAGGAUGAGAUACUCGAUGGUGCAGAGACCUUUGACGAAGCUGUCGUUGUUCGGGCUCGUGCCAUGGAUGGGAAGGGUUACAACGACACCCGUAGCAUUGUGACUACCAAGGCGCACCACGAGGAUCAGUCAAACAACAGACCCAAAGGCACCAGCGGAUGGACCAAAGUCAAAGAAAAGAAUCGUGAAUAG